AUGAGAAAGAAAAAGGCAGAUAAAUUAGUAGGGAGAAUAGAAAGUGCAGAUUCUAAAAAAUCCCAAAAAAUUUUUAACCCAAACAAAUCAAACCUAACAAAAUCUCAACUACAGGCCAUAAAAUAUGCUGAAGAGUUAAGAGUUCAUGAAGGUGAUUUGAAAAAUGUCCAUGAGCCAAAAGAGACCAAAGAAUCAGAAAAAUGUCCCAAUGUUAAUGUCUACGCUGUCAAAAAAUUGAAACUAUUACAGCCUGCUCUCAAUAAAGCCGAAUGCAAAGUUGUUGUGGCAAGACCAGCGCCACCAGAUGCGCCUUUGAAGAAUCCGACCAUCAAACUAGCAACACCAGUGGCAGACGUCUUUACCAUUACACUGUAUUGCAAACGAAUACUUUUAUUGUUUUUAAAAGAUGAAAAUGAGUUUUUAGGCGGAAUUCAAUUGAACGCCAAAGGACAAAUAAUUCCUUAUGGCUUGCUUGGUAGUGUUGGUGAUUUUGUAGCACAGGCCAUGAAACGAGGAGUUAGCCAAGACGUAUUACGAAAGGUAAUAGGCGAUGGUGAGGACGAGAAACCGCCAUCUAGCGAAGCCCCAGUGACGAAUUUUGAAGUAAAAAAGAAAAAGAAGAAAAGAAUAUUCGGGACUGAUUUACUUAGAGAAGAUAAACCGUUGAGAAAUUGGGAAAAGCACAUGAGGAUCAGAAGAUACCAGCAAGAAUAUCUUGCUUGUAUGCUGAAUAAGAACGUUGAAGACUUAGCUAUGAAUCAGGGUGAGAUGUUGAGAAAAGUGAGCGAACAUCAGAACAUCAUUGACGCCACACUGCCCUUCUUAGAAGCAGGGAAAGGAGUGAGAGCUGGAAGUGAAUUUUGGCAAGAGGCAGUGGUUGUCGGUUCUGAUCCAUGCACUGCUCUGCAUUCGACCCUGACCAACACGCAGAAGGGUUACGCCCCACCCAUUUCGUUUGUUGAUACGUCGUCGUACAUUCUCUGCCGCGAAAAAGGCCUACAGAAGGACAGAAUAGGUUUGAGCACGCACAAACCGUGGUUGAGGUCUAAUUAUUUGCAGCAGAGGAUGCAUCAGAUCGACAACCUAGCCUACGAACUCAAUCCACAUAUUCCACGAACGGAUGGACUGAUAGUACUAGGCCAGAAUCAUUCAUCCAUCCAGCAACAAGUGGAGUGCGACAAACUGAGGCGACUUUAUAGAUUUGGCACUGCAGUGGCUUCAUUCGACAUGAACAACAAGGACGACGACAACAUUGGGGUUGUCACCAACCUCCAAACUUGUGAUGAUAAUGAUGGUGUUGGUGAUUAUGGUAGUGAUCCAACUAGAAGACCGUCAUCAGGAGCAACAACAACCGCGGCAUUAACCCCAAGGUUACCGGUAACAAAUUUUGACCCCGACGAGGGCAUACCCCAGAUCAGAAGGGUGCAAAACUUCGUCUGCGGUCCGUCAAUUAUUUUCGGCGACUUCCGGGCCACUUUUUGUGAAAAAUGUCAUAGGGGGGAGGAUGAAGAUGGCGCUGUCGGUAAUGAUGAUGGUGAUGCUGUUUUUGGUUGCAGGUGCAAUCAUGAGGAUGUUGAUGUGAGGCUGUUGAUGGAAUGUUCGAUUAAUCAGAAACAACAAUGCAAGAAUCCUUUUGAUCUGGACGAGCCACUGAUAUCAAAAUUCUAUUUCAGUCCAUCUCCAGGUUUCAUAAUUCCCGGUGAAACAAGCGAGUUUCGGUUUCAUUUCAAAUCUCUUGAGUCUGGGAUUUUCCAAGAAUGUUGGUCAUUCAAGACGCAUCCACUGCUCAAUGCCGGAAGGUCGUUGGGUGUGACCUUAAAGGGCGUGGUCGUCAGGGCCGAUGACCAUUUUUGGACCAGGCAGAGUAUUGAGAAAUGUCUUUCCAAACGAGAAUCGAACCAGAUAGCCGAGAAUAUAGUGCGCAGUGUUCUGCUGAACGUCAACAAGAUAACAUCAGCCGUGCAUGGGGCUACUUCACCGGUGAUUCCCUUAUUGGAAGUUGAUAUCUUCAUUCAGAAGAACGUUCGAAAAUUAAAUGAAGACGAUGACGUCACAAAGGCGGAUAUGACGUCAACGAUGAUGAGUAACAUUCACGCAACGCUCAUGUAUAAUAACAUCAAUGAUCUAAUUCCAACGACUAACAUAAAACCUGUUACUAAUUUUGAGCUUCCGGAAACAGCUCAACAACAAAAAUCGGAAACAGGUCAGACACAACAAACACAACCGGAAGCAGGUCAACCAGAAGGACAACAAAUCAGCAAUCGAGAACCACGACAAGCAGCAAAAACAAACACGACACGACCAAUAAUAACCAACAGAUCCUCAAAUCCGGUAGAGCAAAACCAGACAUUAAAACCAUCAUCGUCGUUAUCAUCAUCAUCAUCGCCGUCCUCUUCUUUUUCCUCCUCCUCAUCAUCAUCAUCGUCAUCUCAACCGAUUGUAUCAGUAGAAGAUGUUUGGGAUUUAGAUGUCGACACUUUAAAAUCGUUGAUCAUGAGUCUGCCGGGGGACUGCGACGAGAGGGAGAUGUGCCUAGAAAGGCUGAACGCCACUCUGCUGAAGAUGUCCUACUUUGUGGUACAACCAUGCCAGCAAUCUCUCAAUAAUAUACUGAGACCAGCAACAUCAGGCGGAUGUUCCGCUAAAUUAUACGACGGCAUCAAAUAUAAGGAGAAGUUCUACUCACUGGCCCACAACACGAUACUGAACUUGACCUCUGACCUAGGCCUCUUUCUCGAUGAUGUCACAUCCCUGCUGACGUAA